GGGCCUGGCUCUGCGCGCAGGCGCUGCCCUCUGAACUGGAACGGAAAGCGGCUUCCGGUUGCAGUCUGCCGGGCGCGGGCGACCUGUGGAGUGAGAGAGCGCGGUGGAAACCCUAAACUAUCUGGCAUUUACUCCUUCCUUUAUAGUGAUGCUACAGGACAAAGAGGAAUGGAUAAAAACAUUGGUGAGCAGCUCAAUAAAGCAUAUGAAGCCUUCCGACAGGCAUGCAUGGAUAGAGAUUCCGCAGUAAGAGAGCUACAGCAAAAGACUGAGAACUAUGAACAGAGAAUACGUGAGCAACAAGAACAGCUGUCAUUUCAACAAACUAUUAUUGACAGGCUAAAAUCACAGCUACUUCUUUUGAAUUCCAGUCGAGAUAGCAGUUAUGGCUAUGCUCCUUUGCUUGAAGACAGUGAAACAAGGAAGAAUACUUUAACUCCUGAUCAACCACAUGAUAAAGUGAAACCAGGAACACCAAGAGAUAAACAGUCAAAGGUAAGAAGACAAGAGGUUUCUUCUUCCAGAAAAGAAACUUCAAAGAAUCUCAGCAUUCCUUUACUUCAUGAAAGGGAUAAUAUAGAGAAGACUUUUGGGGAUCUAAAAGAAGAAUUUCAUAGGAUAUGCUUGCUAGCAAAAGCACAAAAGAAUCACUUAAGCAAACUUAAUAUACCAGACACUGCAACUGAAACACAGUGCUCUGUGCCUAUACAGUGUACUGAUAAAACAGAUAAACAGGAAGCACUAUUUAAGCCUCAGGCUAAAGAUGAUAUAAAUAGAGGUGCACCAUGCAUCACAUCUGUCACACCAAGAGGACUGGGCCGAGAUGAGGAAGACACCUCUUUUGAAUCACUUUCUAAAUUCAAUAUCAAGUUUCCACCUAUGGACAGUGACUCUCCUUUCUUACAUAGCACCCCAGAGAGACCCAACACCCUUGCUCCUGCCACAUCUGAGGCAGUGUGCCAGAACAAGUUUAAUAUGGAAGCCAGAGAAAACCCAGGAAACUUUGUUAAAACAGAAGAAACUUUAUUUGAAAUUCAGGGAAUUGACCCUAUAGCUUCAGCUAUACAAAACCUUAAAACGACUGACAGAACAAAACCCUCAAAUCUUAGAGCUCCGUGUUUGCCACCUGGAGACCAUAAUGCGUUAUAUGUAAAUACAUUCCCACUUCAGGACCCGUCUGAUGCACCUUUUCCCUCAAUGGAUUCCCCAGGAAAAGCUGUCCGAGGACCACAGCAGCCCUUUUGGAAGCCCUUUCCUAACCAAGACAGUGACUUGGUGGUACUAAGUGGCACAGACUCAGAACUCCUUAAACCUCGAGUAUGUGAAUUCUGUCAAGAGUUUUUCCCACCAUCCAUUACAUCCAGGGGGGAUUUCCUCCGGCAUCUUAAUUCACACUUUAAUGGGAAGACUUAAAUCAUAUUUGGAAACAGACAUAUCACAUUCUGUGUGAUGUUUUGGACUUAUAGUACUAUAAAAUGCUUGAUUGUAAUCUAAGUUUAAAGUCGAUUAUUAAAAACAGUCCAGUGUCAGA